AUGUCUUCGCCUUCACCCGAGACGAACGAUGACCAGAACCCCGAGCUCUCUCGUGCCGCCAGCUACACCGAUCUUCCCAGUCAAACCGCAACGGAACCCAGCUUAAGGCGUACAUUUUCUGACUAUGCUGUUCCAACUUUGGCAGAAUCACCGACAAAGGAAACAGUGGCUGCGGGGAAGGAUAUUCUGCGCCGAACCUCUCUUCGAUCCAAGGACAAGUCAAAACCGGCAAACGUCUCUCAUUUCACAUUAUCGUCAUCGGAGGAUUUAAAGGACACAGAUUCACAUGUGCCAGAAACCAGGGCGCCGGAGCCCGCUGUGAGGCCAUCCAAGAGCCGGUCAAUGUCUGGAAGGAUAGUCAGCCUUGCAAGGAAACCAUGGGGCUCUUCCUCCCGAUCUCCGUCCCCGUCCGCGAAGAGAUCUAAACAGCAAGAUUCUCAAUCCCCCACUCGAUUCAGCGGUCGAAAAACAGAAGAUGAUCAGACACAACCCUCCCGCAGACGAACAAUCCUUUACAAACGCCCGCGCCGGCCGAUGUUGGCUGUUGUGGCCAAGGGCCCCGAGGAUAACCCCGACUCUCCGAACAGUCCUUCUGGAAAUUCGCUACGACACCGCUCCUCGUUCGAAAAAUUCACAGCAUCACUUUCCGUUUCGACCCCGGUAUUACCCCCAAUGCCCAAGGGAGCCGCAGAAACUGCUGCGGCAUAUGCAAAUUCCAGCCCCGAUCAUACACGGAAAAAGGACGAGCUUUGGGGUAUCUUCCGUGGCCUUGAGGCGGAUUUCCAAAAGUUCCAAGCCAAAUCUAGCUCGCUGAAAGCCAACGUCAUCCGUACCUCGCUCCUCCCCUUUCUCAGCCGUCAUCACCUCCACACAUCAUGUAAGGAUCUAAGACCAGAAGACCUGGAUCGUCGUGUCAAUAUUCUCAACAAAUGGUGGAUUGGAAUGUUGGAAAUGCUCAAUGGUAAGCAUAACCAGUCGAUAUCGGGAACCGAUAGACCAGUGUUCCUGGAAGCUAUCGUGGGAAUCAUGGCCCGACCGGAAUGGCGCAUCCCAUUCCCCAUGGCCUUGAAUGGCAGUGGGUCUCCGGACUCAUUGAAGUAUGCGUCGACUUCUGUGUCGGAAACAUCGGAUGGAUCAGGCUCCUCGGGUUCGGAUUUCCUGGUUGAAUCGAUUCAUCACAACAUCCGAAACAUUUUUAUUCAAAACCUGCUCUCUCAGAUGGCAUUCGUGGUCGAACGAAUGUCUAUGCGGCACGCACCAGCUAGUCUGGUCGCGUUUUGCGGCAAGGUUUGCGCAUAUGCCUUUUUCUUCUGCCCCGGGGUGCCCGAGAUCCUGGUUCGGCUGUGGAGCACGCCUCACAAUAUAUUCCGACGAAUCUUGUCAGAAUCGGCCGGGUCACGCACUGGAAACAUGCGUGCAUGCACGCAAGAACUCGCUCUGUGCUUUCCACCGGCUCUCCGUCCCCUAGCCUUUCACUCACCAGCACCUCUGUUGCGAUAUCUACGCCAGAAACCCGAGCUACCCUUAAACACAAACCCAAUUAAUUGGAACCGCCCGUGGAUCGCACGAUGGGCCGGGCGUGACACGGACCUCUUUUUUUGUCUUCGUCAAAUACAUUCACAUUCUUAUUUGCCCCCCGGGACUGAAAAGGCGAAACGGAUAUUGGCACCUGGGUUGUUGAUAGUUCAUGCGCAACUCCUGCUCGUUCUGGAGGACACGAUAUACAAGCAAUCGGCACAACCAGGGUCUGACAAUCCACACACAGCUGCUGCAAUCACCUUCGAUGAUUUCAUCGAGUCGCCGGAUGCUUCUGCCUCCGCUCAACAUCUUCGAAGUGGCAGCAACACUCAUCGGUCGAUGGCAGAGAAUCGUCUAAUCAUCCUUCUCCGUGACCUCCUGUCUGAAUCGUCUGUGGAACCCAAUCGUGCUCGAUUACUGUUUGCCGAAUCAUUCUGUGGUAUAAUCAAAGCUGCGGCACAGAAAACGUCUCUCUUUGAUCAUAACGCAUGCUUUUUGUUGUGUGACUUCCUCGAGGAGGUCAUUCCAAUCAUCACACGUUACGCCCAGUCGAUUGAAACGGAAUUGUUUGAUUGGGGAUUUUGGCUCGAUGUUUGUCGCCAAAUGAUGCAGAGCCACAAUUCGCUCACUGAGGUGCGAGUGUUUUCUUUCCUCUUCUGCAUCUGGGGUACCUGGACUGCUACAGAAGAAAGAAAAGCGUCUAUCUGUUUGGAUUUCUUGUUACAUGAGCCGGUAUUCUACCAUUACUUCAAUCACUGGAGUCCAAUGGUGCGAGCCUAUUUCCAUCGUUUGUUGUGUUGGAGGGUCGGGCGGUUUAAUACCGAGCCCUCAUUGCUUGACUCCAACGUCUAUGAACUUCUUUCAGAUCGACUCUUGCGAGUCUGGGAGUACUACGUGGCGUUCCAAUCUAAGGCCGAAGAAGAUAUGACAGCUCCUUUGUCCUCUGCUCCCUGCACGCCAGCUCCAGGACGAAGAAUCAUCAUUAUCCGUUGCGAAAACCAACUGUCUCCUGUCAAUCUUUUCGUCAGUUUCGAUCGAGUCGUUCCACCCGUUCCUUCGGACCAACUCACAUCCCACCGUCGCACCGGAUCUUCCGACUCCAAUGGCUCAGAUGGCCAGCCAGCUAAAAAGCGGUGGGGAAUACUCAAGGCUAUGUUUGGCAGCUCUUCCAACACACGUUCCGGCGAGGGCGUCAGCAGCAGCAGUUCUGAUGAGUCCGAGAAUGGCGCACCAGACCCAACAAUGACUGCUGAUAGCAAAUGUAUGGAUGAACACGAACAAACUCCGACCACCAGUAUGGAAGAGAUACUCCGCCCCAAAGCUCCCCACCAGCCAUUCUUUUUCAAAUUCUCACUGGAAUGGAUGGAUCGCCCGCAAUGGCCCACCAAAAACAAACGUCUUUUCACACCUUGUCUCCCUGUCGCAUCCCAAUUGCACGUCGAGCAUCGUCGUUCUCCCGACAAGUCGGAAUAUGACACAGCAUCAGAGAAUCCGGGCCAUUCCGACUUGGAGAGUGAUGAACAAGAACCAGACACCCUCACCGUCAACCAAGAUACCCCCACACAACCUACCUCAGAUACCUGGCCGCGAACGCCUACAACCAAGAACUCCCCUUUACCUGAACUUCCUUCCCAGCCUUCCUACAACCAUCUUGUGCCGAGCAAAUAUGCAGGCCGCGCCCUUGCAGAGUGGGCACACAUUGUCUCUGAAUGCGAUAGCUUUUUUCGCCCGUCGUCGUGA